GAUGAUCAUGGACAUGCAGAUCGACUCCAAGGUACGCGCUGAGUGUGCAGCAGAGACUGUUCCUCGGGGCCCUGGCUGCAGCCUCCGGCACUUUGCCUGCGAGCAGAACUUGUUGUCCCGACCAGAUGGCUCUGCCUCUUUCCUGCAAGGGGACACCUCUGUCCUGGCCGGGGUGUACGGGCCAGCUGAGGUCAAGGUCAGCAAAGAGAUCUUCAACAAGGCCACGCUUGAGGUUGUCCUGAGGCCCAAGAUCGGACUGCCUGGUGUCGCAGAGAAGAGCCGAGAGAGGCUCAUCAGGAAUACAUGUGAAGCCGUGGUCCUGGGGGCCCUGCACCCCCGAACCUCCAUCACUGUGGUGCUGCAGGUCAUCAGCGACGCUGGCUCUCUCCUUGCCUGCUGCCUGAACGCUGCCUGCAUGGCCUUGGUGGAUGCAGGGGUGCCCAUGCGGGCUCUCUUCUGCGGGGUCACCUGUGCCCUGGACUCUGAUGGCACUCUCGUGCUGGACCCUACAGCCAAGCAAGAGAAGGAGGCCCGGGCAGUCCUGACCUUUGCCCUGGACAGCGUGGAUCAGAAGCUGUUGAUGUCCACCACCAAGGGACUCUACACAGAUGCUGAGCUCCAGCACUGUCUAGCCGCAGCCCAGGCCGCCACACACCACAUCUUCCGUUUCUAUCGGGACUCUCUGCAGAGGCGCUAUUCCAAGAGCUGACGGGUCACCACUCGCCACCCCCACAAUAAACCAGCCCAGACUCUCCUCUCC